AGCACGAAUAUAAACAUUGAAAUAUUGCAAACAAAUUGUGAGGGUAAUGUAAAAACGGAAGAAACCUCUUUACGUUAAUUUCAGUCGAAUUUGCGAUGAAGAUGAAGAGUUAAAAAUGAGUUCGAAAUUCCUCUACUCGGACAACACGCUAUACAAUUCGGACUUUUGCCGACUGUGUGGGGAAAGAAACUCAAAUGGAGAGCUUCUCUACAAUUCUGAAGAUGAAGAGAAUGCGUUGAACACAUUAAUAAACAGAUAUUUACCCGUAAAGGUUAAAGACGAUGGAAGGUUGCCGCGAACCAUAUGCCCGGGAUGCCACAUUCAGCUCCAAGCAACUGUACAGUUUUUUGAUUUGCUUAUUUUGGGCCAGAAGAGAAUUAGGAUUCUGCUCUCCAAACAGAAGGAGCGUGACAGAAAAAUGGCUAUUGGCAUUGCCAGCAUUCCCGAAGUUGAGGGCGAAGAUGGAAAUAUUUACAUGAUGAUCACCGUUCCCAACGAAAAAGAGGCACUCUACCCCGAUGACGACCCAAUGUCUCUGCAAGCUGAAGGGCUGGAGAAGCCGAGGAAAAAGCGAGGUCGCCCCAGGAAGCAAGAAGAAGUUGCUCAAGAACCUGCACCACCACCCCGUCCUGAAGAACCUGAAGUUGAAGUAGAUGCUGAUGGCAGAGUCAAAAGAAGAAGAAAAGUCCCACAAAGAUAUCUGGAGUCUGUGGCUGGCCCUGAGAUGGACCGUAUUUUCAAAGAGCAUGGAGUCAUUGACGAAGACGAAAAAGAGAAGCUCUUUACAGAGAAUCCUGCACAAAUUGAGAAAUUAAAAGUGACUGAAAUUAUCGGGCGAACUGUAUCGCAAGAUGGCACGGACUUGGGAGAAUUGGUUGUCUUGACUAAGUCCAAGAAUUAUUUGGAGGAGCGCCCAAUAGGCAAGCCAAAGAGGAAGCUGCUCACUUGUGGUAUCUGCAAAAAGUCAUUUGCAAAUCGGAAGCUGUUCCAAGUGCACAAAGUGCAAGAGCACGGCUGGAAGUUUGUGUGUGGAAUGUGCAAUUCCAAAUUCUAUGACAAGACAUGUGCACUGGCACAUCAAGCCUCUUCUGGCCAUGAAGGGAUUUUGGAGUUCGAUAAGAAUAAAGAGGAUGAUGUGAUUGAAGAAAUCAUGGAUCCCAUGGACUUCGUGUCAGUUGAUUCGGCUCUAGAUGCAGAAACUGCCGAGGGCCAGGAAGGGCAGGAAGUGAGUUGUCCUGCUUGCCAAAAAACAUUCAUAUCUCUUAAAACAUUGAUGGUCCAUAUGAAAGCGGUCCACGAGGGUUUGAAACCCUACAAAUGCACCAAGUGUCCAAAAGCAUUUGCCUUUCCUAGAAGUUUGGGAAAACACCUUGAUGAAACUCAUGGAGUAAAAGAAGGUGACGAGUCGCUUGAAAGCGCAGAUGGAAAGCAAAUAGGCCCUCAUGCAUGCAACCUGUGUGAAAAAAAAUUCCAGCACCUGAGUUCUCUUUUUUACCACAAAGAGGCGGAACAUAACGAAGGUGUCCGAUUUGCAUGUAACAAGUGCGACAAGACAUUCAAGCAUCGACAGUUACUGCAGAGGCACCAGUUGGUCCACACAGAGGACAGACCAUUCAUUUGCACUCUUUGUACGACGUCAUUCAAAACCAAGGCCAAUCUCACCAAUCACAUGCUCAUUCACACCGGUGAAAAGAAAUACUUCUGCGACCUGUGCGGUCAGCAGUUUGCGCACAAAACCAGCCUUGUUUUGCACCACCGCUGGCACAACGGCGACAAACCGUACCAGUGUAAGUUUUGCAAAAAGAACUUCUCGCAGAAUGGGAACCUUCAGGAGCACUUGAGAAUACACACAGGCGAAAAGCCAUACAUUUGCAGUUUCUGUGGCCGCAGCUUCACAACAUCGUCUCAGUUCAAACUCCAUGUGAAGAGGCACACGGGUGAGCGCCCUUGGAAAUGUGACUUCUGUGCCAAGACAUUCCUGCACAAGGACACGUGGAAGUGUCACGUCCGUCGACACAAGGGUGAAAAACCAUACUCUUGUGAAUAUUGUCAACGCGGUUUCACUGAACACUGGGCUCUUCGAAAGCAUGUGCGGAUCCACACUGGUGAAAAACCGUACGUCUGCGAAAUUUGCAACAAAGCCUUUGCAGACUGCUCAAAUCUGAACAAACACAAAAAAGUCCAUCGUGGACUGCCUGAGGAUGGACUAAAAGUGGACGGUGGAGAAGGAGGAAUGGUUUUGCAACUCAUGGGAGAGGAAGACGAAGAUGGAACCGUUCCUGUUAUUUAUGUUGCUUACAACCAGCAGACAGGAACGGCAAAUGAAAUCAGUGCCAAUGUUGAAACUGAAGGUGUUUCGGAAGCUACUUCUGUUCUACAACAAAUUUCCCAGGGAGAGCCAACUGGUUUAGUUUUGAGCACCGAAGACGGCCAAGAAGUUGUUCUGAAUACCUUAGGCGGGGAUCUUCCCAUGGUUGUGCCGGAACAGACUGAUUUACAGUUGGCCGAAACCGUCGAUGCUCCUGGGGCUACUUUGCAAAUGCAGUCCGGAGAUGAUGGAAUGAGUCUGCCUGUGACCCUGGCAGUGGAGGACGGGCAGCUUGUUGCCCACAUACCCAACACAUCCGAUUUCUUAAAAGACAAAGAUGACUCUGGAGGUGACAAAAGUGCCCUUAAAGACGUUCCGCCAGUCCAGUUUCAAUUGGUCACUCAAGACGGACGAGCAGUGCAACUCAUUUCCAAUGCUACAGAUUCCACAGCAGCUUUUAGCAUUGAUUUCACCGAUGAAAAUUAAGUAGGUUAUUACAACCGAUUUUGAGGUUGUGUAGUAUGUUCAUUGUAUAACUAAAAUAAUAAUUAGUGAAUAUUUGUAGACAUUAAAAUUCAGACUUGUAA